AUGGCGGUUGAUUCCUGCAAUGACCAAAUGAACCAUAGCAGCGACGGCUGUGGCACGUGCUGCGAUAUGAAGGAUGGUCCCACGCCCACGCCGCGCUCCCACAACAACAUGAACAUCGGCGACUCGUACAUCCAGCAAAGCAUCGAAGUCUCGCCUCCACCCCGCACCCCCGCGACGACCAUGACUGAUUCGCCCUCUGGCCCCCACAACGUCUACAUAGUAACCGACACCUGUUACCCCACCGCCCACAGCUUUGAAUCCAAUAUUGGCAUCACGCAAAUCAUCUCUGUGCACUCGACCCGGUCUGCCGCCAACAGCCGGGCCAAGAAGAUGAUUUACGACAACGAGAACGGCUGUACCGUUGACCUGGACAAGGUCAUCGAAGAAGUCAAAAAGGGCCUGUAUACUGGCAUCGGAGUGGGUGGAGAAGAAAAGGAUGGCUGUUGUUUUGCGCGAAAGUGUGAGGUCGAGGGCAAGAUUGUGGAUGAGGACAGUGAUAGCGAGGAGACGAGUGGCGAGAGCGGCGAGAGCGAUUUACUCGAUGGCAUGGGCGACCAGGAUGUCGAUAUGGAUAUGCGAUGACUAUCCGAACAAGAGGAGAUAAUACGUGAAAUGAAGAGAGGUCUGGCGUGUCUGACACAGCAGGAGGUGGGAUGGUGAUGGCUCGGUCUCAUGACACGCUAUUCGGUUGCUCGGAUGAUGCAUGGCAUCUCUGCGUCUUUGGUUAAUUAAUCUUGUAAGGACAAACAUGGUCAUUGACGGAACGGUAGGUGGGGGCUUCAACUACUCAAGCCGCGGCAGGUAUCGCGGGAAGUAGUGAUGGUGGUAGCAAGCAAGGCUCGGGCCCAGGUAUAUACCCUCGAUGGAUGGAGAGUGGAUGAGACAGUUCUUUUUUGCGCGCCCUCUGGAACAGCUGGUCUUUCCGGAGAACCCCCCACACACGGAUCGAGCGAAAGCCUAGUUUACAACACAGCACAGAACAAAAGAUGGAAUUAGUAUUU